CCAAAGAAGAGGCUCACAUUACAGGAACGUUUGGCCUUGGCUGCGAAGAGCGGAAAAUCCAAGAAAAAGGCUGUUGUUUCGCAAGAUGACACGCCUGCCGACACUCCUGGAAGCUCGCCCAGAUCCAGCUUGGACCUCCAUGUCGCCCCUGUCGCCCACAAAAUAGAGCCAGGUGCCAGAGACGAUACAGCUGGAAGGCUACCGGAGGAGUGGAAGACGCUAGACAAGGAUGAGUUGAUCAGGAAGCUUGCCCAGAAGGAUCUGCAGAUGGCAGAGUUACUCGAAGAGGGACGGAAGCUCAGCAUAAAGGAGCUUAAGUUGAAUGAAACCAUCAGACGAUUGAAAGUACAGGAUGCAGAAAGCGAAAGCAGGGUAGGCGAAUUGACCCAAAAGAAUGAGAGCCUCGAGCGGGAGCUCGGUGUCUUGAAGGAGCACGAAACCAAGGCAAAGGAGCAUGAUUCGUUAAAGGCCAAGUAUGAUGCGUUGGUCAAGGCUAAAGCCGCUUCCGACGCUGAAUUGACGUCCCUUAAAGCGGAAAAUUUCAGAGCGAAGUAUGCUGACCAGGUGGAAGAGACAAAGUCCGAGGCUUUGCGAAACAAGUCUCUCAACAAGCAGCUCAGCGAUGCCAAGGGACAGAUGGAUACCUUCAAAAGGCAGUCCGCUGCCGAAAUCUCUGAGCUCAAGCUCAAGGUUGAACGGGAGAAGCUGAAACUUUUUCAGGCCAACAGCGAGAACGAACUUGAAGUCAAACGCUUAGAGUCCAAGGUUGAGGAGCUCCGCUACAAGGCUGAGGGCAAUGCCAGCGAUAUGAGCUCGCGCUCUACGGACGAACUCAGCAAGUUACAACAAUCCCAUGACUCGUUGCACGGCCAGUACAUUUCUGCCCAGGAGAACUGGAAGACCAUCGAAUCGCAGUUGAUGAACAAGAUCAAUGUUUUUGAGUCUGUUGUAUCAAGCCUCAACAAGAAGGAGGUUGCCUACCAGAAGAAGAUUCGUGUGCUAACCAACGACUUAAAGAACAAAGCUAUGGAAAAUGACGCGAUGUUGGAGGCAACCCAUGCCCAAACUGCCCAGCAAGCGAAUCUUACACAGGAGCUUGGCAGCAAAACCGCCGAGUUGGUCGAUGCUACUGCCAAGUUCAACGGAAUGAAGGAAAUUUACGACUCGGAGCGCAAAAGCUACCUUGCAAAGAUUGGCCAGUUGGAACACGAGAUUACAAAAUUGAGAGAAAACACAAGCCUGGGCCAGUCUUUAUAUGCCGAUUCCACCCCAAGACGCAACUACAGCAACGUUUCGGGCUUGUCUAUGGAAAUGGGAAACGAGUCCCCAGUGCUUCCUAGAAUCAGCUCGGCCCGGUCUAUUCCGCAGAGACACGCCAAUUACACGAUGACCGAAACGUUCUCUGAGGACGAUGAUUCCGGUUUCAACGAUGAAACGUCCAAUUUCACCUUCAACCAGAGUUCUAGGGUGGACAUGUACCACCAGUCCAAUGGCCCGUCAAUCCAGUUGGUGGAAAAGAUGUCGUCGCAGGUGCGGCGGUUAGAGAUUGAACUAGCAACCGCCAAAGACGAGCAUGCAAAGCUUGCUGCAGAAAAGAAGGAGGCACAGGGAACGAUUAUUGGGCUAAUGCAAGACAACGAGUCGAUUGAGCUGUUACGCGACGAGCUCCGGCAAUUGAAGGAGACGGUUGAGGAGAGAGGCCGCAGGGAGGCCACGAUGUUGGAGAUUAUCGGCGAAAAGGAGGACACGAUCGAAGAGUUGCGUAACGACGUGAUGGACUUGAAGGACAUCUGCAAGCAGCAGGUUCAGGAGAUGAUCAAG